UGUGUGGUUCUUAACCAUGUCAGACGCCAUAUAACCAUAAAUAAAAUGUGUUGAGUGCGUCGUUAAAUAAACCAGUUCCUUCCUUCCGUCUAUCUCUCCUCGACAGCAUAUAAACAGGGGAGGUCUAGACGACACUCGAGCUACCAAACAUAGUGUCCAUUUCCACGGCUUGAAACUAGUGUCUGCGACUUUUAAGUUAUGACUUUAGUGCGAUUGUACUUUCAUACAACAGGAAUACCACAUCAAUAAACCAUUGUCGGGAUCACUGGCAGACGUUUGCAUGAACCGGCUGUAUGAUUCGAGCAAGGCCGAGUACUUGCGGUAUUUGCAGACGGCGGCCGUCAACUUGCGUGACCUGCACAAUCGAGGCUGGGUGCACGGGGAGAUACAAAUGUCCAACAUCCUGGCUGAGACGACUCAACCCCUGUCUACAGAAAGAAAGGUGUGGUUUGUCCAGCUUGCCCACAUGGUUCAGUUACCCAGAGACGAAAACCAACGACGGCCCUAUGUCCAAGUUAAAGAGUCGCUAAACAGAAGGUCAUACAACAGGUCGGCUCCAGAGGUUAUCCGGAACGCUGUCUAUUCUCCCGAGUCUGAUGUUUUCAGUUUCGCUUUCGUUAUCUGGGAGAUUUUUUAUUUCCUCUCCGGUAAUCAGCGGCACUCACUGAACCAGUUCGACCAAUUAACGCAGGAUGAUGUUAGUAUUUAUUACUCAUAUGGGCUAAAAUAUCCGGGGUAGUUUAGUUGGGUUUAUUUUUCGAUAAGUGAACAGCGUGCAGAUUGCUUAUAUAGCUUCUGACCGACUGGCUUAAAAAUUGGUUUUGUUGUUCGCUACGGAGGACGGAAUUUCACUGCAAUUCAUUUAAAGGAAGGGACCCUCAUGUGUUGGAAAGAUGCAUACCCGGACCACCAACACAUACUGACACUUUAACAAAUGAAAAACGCGUAAUUUUAGAGUUAAUAAAAAAAAUAUGAUUAUUCCUGCUAAC